AUGGCUCCCUUAACCGAAGUCGGGCCCUUCUUGGGCGGCCUGGAGGGCUUGGGCCAGCAGGUGGGAUCUCACUUCCUGCUGCCUCCGGCAGGGGAGCGGCCGCCGCUGCUAGGGGAGCGUCGGGGCGCGUUGGAGCGGGGCGCCCGCGGCGGGCCGGGUUCCGUGGAACUGGCGCACCUGCAUGGCAUCCUGCGCCGCAGGCAGCUCUACUGCCGCACUGGCUUCCACCUGCAGAUCCUGCCCGACGGCAGCGUGCAGGGCACCCGGCAGGAUCACAGCCUCUUCGGUAUCCUGGAAUUCAUCAGUGUGGCAGUGGGACUUGUCAGUAUCAGAGGUGUGGACAGUGGCCUUUACCUUGGAAUGAAUGACAAAGGAGAACUCUAUGGAUCAGAGAAAUUGACUUCUGAGUGCAUCUUCAGGGAGCAAUUUGAAGAGAACUGGUAUAACACCUAUUCAUCCAACAUAUAUAAACAUGGAGACACUGGCCGAAGGUUCUUUGUAGCACUUAACAAAGAUGGGACUCCAAGAGAUGGUGCCAGGUCCAAAAGACAUCAGAAAUUUACCCAUUUCUUACCGAGACCAGUGGACCCAGAAAGAGUUCCAGAAUUAUACAAAGACCUACUGAUGUACACUCGAUGAACCUAGAGCCAUUAUUUCUAAAUCAUAGUCCCUGUUGUUCAAUAACUCUGAAGAAGACAUUCAGAAUAUUACAGACUCUGCUUUUCACUGAGAAUAAGAAAUUAACUUGAAGCAAAGCAAGAUCAUUCUUCAUAAAUGGGUUGUGUUUCCUCAGACACACUGGCUCAGUCUUCCGAGUAGACUGAAGCUGACAUCAGUUAAUCUGUGGAUAAUGUGAACCUUGCUGCUGAUGCCUCACCUCUCUGGAUAAUGUUUACUUGGACAGUUAUCUUAAAAAUAGAUACUUCAUGUUGAAGAAGUGGAUUGAGAUGAUAUAAUUACUGCCUCAGAAAUUCUGAGGAUCUUGUAGAAAGGCUGUAACAUUAUACAUAAAAAAUUUUACAAAACUCAAAAUUCUAGAUGACUUUGAGCUACAAAACAUGCCACACCAUGAUGGAACUUUUCCUUUAGAAGAAUGGACCUAUUUAUACA